UCUAAACUUACCCUGCCUGGGAGCAUCACGAAUCGAAUCCAAGGUGUAUUCCCACGGUCUACAACCACCAACUCGACUUGCCUAGGUUACGUACAGCCCAGCGAGCCGAACAGCUCGGAAUCGCCUCUCCUCCCAUCCCGUCUCGAAGAAGCCCAGGCGUAUGUGCUGCACGGAUACUAGAUAGGAAAAACAUGACGUCCGAAGAGGUCUAAAUGGCACCAUCUUUCACACCCUACACGUACAUACAAUGCCCCUGCCACGAAUCCACGAGCCAGGGCCGCCCCGCCGACGAGUCCGCGUCCCCCGCGUCCCCCAACGACCUUCCCGACGACGAUGAGCGCACCUUCGAUCCGCGGGCCGCGAGAUCCAACUACAGCCUCUAUCCCCUCGAGUACCUGCUAUACUGCGACGUGUGCCACCAGAUUCGCUGCCCGCGCUGCGUCGCCGAGGAGCUCGUAACGAUAUACUGUCCGAACUGUCUCUUUGAAGUGGGAAGCAGCAGUCUGAAGACUGAAGGGAAUAGAUGUACGCGUAGUUGCUUCCAGUGCCCUAUAUGCAUAGGUCCGCUCGCCGUCCAGGCGCUCGAGUCGCCGCCGCCCGAAUCCUCCUCCCUCCUGACCCCGGAGGCCGCUGCGGGUGCCACCGCCACCGCCCCGUCCGGGCCGUGGAUCCUCACCUGCUCGUACUGCAACUGGAACUCGGCCGAGAUCGGCGUCAAGUUCGACAAGCCGCAGGGCAUCUUCUCCCAGCUGUCCAAGCUGCGCCACGGCGAGGACCACGCGAAGCACCCGCCCUCCGAGGACAUCAUCCCCCGGAAGAAUAGUACUAGCAGUGACGCCGCCGCGGCCGCGCCGGAGACCGUCAAGGCCCGGUUCGCCGCCAUGAAGUCUUUCUACGCGAGCCAGACCAACACGGGCACGUCGAGCUCGAGCCUCGCCGGCAUCGGCGACUACGGCCUCAGCUCCCCGGGCGCGCUCUCGCGCAUCAUGAACCUGUACUCGGGCAACGGCCUCGGCGGGCUCGGCGGCGGCGGCGGGCUCAAGCCGAAGGCCAAGGCGAGCGCGAUGCGGGAGGCCGAGGGCGCGGGCGAGGGCUUCCGCGCCGCGGACCUCGACGAGGGCGCCGCCGUCGCGAGGCUGCGGCGCGGCGGCUGGCGCGGCACCGUCACGGGCGAGCAGGCGCGGUGGCAGGUGGAGGAGGGCGCGCGCUUCACCGACGAGCUGUGGCCGAUCCCGUACCUGCUGCGCACGAAGCGGUCGAAGCGGUGUCCGGUCUGCCGGCACAUCAUCAGCAAGCCCGAGUCCAAGGUGGGCAACACGCGGUGGCGCAUCCGCCUCGUGGCCAACAACUACAUCCCGUCGAUCUCGAUCAAGCCACUCAACCCGGCGGCGGCGGCAGCAGCGGCGGGCGCGACGGAGGCCUCCGGUCCCGGCGGGCUCCUCCAGCCGCUGCAGCCGGCCCAGUUCCUCCUCACGUUCAAGAACCCCAUCUUCGAGGACAUCAAGGUGACGCUGGCGACGCCGGCCGCGACGCCGGGCCGCUUCGCGUCCAAGGUCACCGUCCUGUGCCCCGAGUUCCACAUCGACGCCAACACCGACACCGACAUGUACCUCGACGACGUGCUCAAGGAGGGCGACCGGGAGGGGGCGCGGCGGCGCCACCGGGGCGACGAGAGCGGCGGCGGCGGCGGCACGGGCGCGGGCGCGGGCCCCGGCGGCCCGCACCAGGCGGAGGCGGGAAAGGUCUGGGAGCGCGGCCGCAACUGGGUCAGCAUCGUGGUGGAGGUGGUGCCGGCGUCGCUGCGGGGGCCGGGCGCGGGCGCGGGCGCGGGCGCGAGGCCCGGGUCGGCGUCGUCGUUCUCGUACUCGCUGCCGUCGUCGCCGGCGCUGUCGCGCAAGCAGUGGGCGGCGGGCGCCGGCACCGAGUCCGAGUCCGAGGCGGAGCCCGAGCAGCCGGCGGCGGCGGCGGCGGCGGCGCCCGAGGCCGCGCCGCUGCGCGAGGACGAGGACGUGCUCGAGAUCCCCAUGUUCGUCCGCCUCGAGUGGGAGGGCGACGUCUCCCAGGACCAGGUCGGCGGCGGCGGCGGCGGCGGCACCGGCGCUAGCGGCGGCAAGGAGAAGGACUCGCGCGAGAAGAAGGAGCUCGCGUACUGGUGCGCUAUCGGCAUCGGACGCAUCAGCCAGGAGGCGGCGGCCUAGCUUAGUUGAACUGAGAAGGUUUUUUUUUUUUUUGAAAAAAAAAAGAGAAAGAGAAAAGGAUAAGAGGAAUCUACGAUACCCCUACUAGAGUACUGCUACUACGUGGAGAGAGAGGGAAGAUAGGGUAAACGAGAAGAGAAUCAAAUUUCACACGUGAGACGAUGUUUGAGUUGAAGAAGGAUGAACGCAAUGGGUAUUAAUUGUCAUCAGAAAACCGGCUUGUCAAUUGUUCCACAAGCUAUCUAGACGCCGUGCCACACCCUUUUUGGCCCACCCGGAUUGCCAUGCCGUAUGCCAUACCAAUCAAUGAUGAAAGGUGAUUGCCAAUGCGAUCACCCUAGCCCGCCCGCACGCUGCCCGCGAACACCCGCUCGGCUCUAGUACUCGGUAGC